AUGGAACAAAACGGCCAGGCUUCGCAGCACGGCCUCAAUGACGGAACAAAAAGUCAGCCCUCACAGGAGCAAGAGCAAGAGCCUGGGCGUGCCGCCGCCAACGACCCUAGCCCGCAAGAACCACAACCCCUCAAGGGGAUGGCGAGGAUCAGAGUAGAGAUUGCACGCGAUGAGGACAAGCGUCGUCAAUACCUACUCCGUCUCGAGAAAAUGGAACCCGAAGAGCGCGCCACCUACCUCGAAAGUCGUGGCCGAAACCGAUACGCCGAGCGAAGAAGAGCAGCGAGACGAGCAGACACUGUCGAGAUCGCGCUGACUAGCUACUUGACUGAAGACCAGUGCGCUGAUCUGCUUCGGCAGCCUUAUUACCCACCCGACGGGACAACCUUCUUGCGCUCGCUGAACGGCUACCUCAACGACAUGGGCGAUAUACGCGAUUUCAGACGGGUGCUGGGCGAGAACACGGGAAAUCCCAAGUGCUUUAUGCUACGCUCAGCGGAAUUGUGCAAGUUUGCUCUCGUUGACUGGAGAGUCCCCAGGCAGGAACACAUCCGGGAACUCGGUCCCAGCCUUGCUCUUGACCGUCUAUACGAAGCACACGUCCAAGAACUGCGCCAAGAUGACCGACUGGCACAAGCUCGAGAGGUGGCUCGUGGUCACCCACAGCAGUAUAAUCUCAGAUUAACACAAUACUGGGCGCGAAGGAUGCUGCACGAGUACGAGGGUGCGGUCGAGAGAGAGGAGCCUCUGACCGACCAGACAGCCCCCGCCGUCUGGGCCAACAUCGUCCCCAAAGCCCCUGCCUGGAUCGCUGAGAUCAGGAGAUGGGGGCAAGAUUUUGGCUUUGUCUGCUACAGGUCCAGUGAAGCCGAGCGACGACCAGCUGUGGCGAGAGAUCGCUGGUUCUCCAUCUUUGAGGAUACCGACGCUCCAGACUGUUACGACGGUAGUCCCAAUGAGUUUUGCGGCUACCGGAGGGGGGCGGAUAUGACAAUCAUGCGUGGAUAUGAUUUGGGAGAGUACAUGAACGCUCUGUGGCAGCCAUCCUGUGCAGUCCAUGGCCUGCCCUCUGAAGCCUGUCCUUCUGCGUUUCGAGAACAUUUCAAAACAAUCGCGAAGCCGAACCUUGACAGCCCUCGCAUGUCGAGGAACACAUUUUUGGUCCUCCACAACGAUUGUCUCUUCCCCGACCUUGACACCCAUGGUGUGGAACUCGGGGAACCCCUGUUUCCAUCCGCUGGCGCACACGCUGAGGACGGGGCAGCUCUACUAACAACUUACGACCUCCCUCACUUCUUUCUUUGGGCGUAUGAUGCUAACUGGGAGCCUCCAAGCCGCUCAGAGGGCCAAGUCGCCACGACUGUUCAAGUCGAGGGAUGCAACUGCCAAGGAACCGUUGCUAGAGGCUAUGGCGGUGCUGAUGAGGAUGGGUAUCAGGGCCGCGUUAAGGUCCGUGUUCACUCCCUAUUCACCUGGCUCUACUACGCGAGGCAUGUUCGUGACCAAGUCAUCGACCUGAAGGAUAUCUGGCGCAUCGCCCAGGACAUGCCAAACCAAGUGUGGAAUUGCGGGACGGAUCGGUAUGAUAAAUCCCACCCGAAUGCACUGCCUUGA